UCUAGAGCUCAGCAAAUGGAAUUGACAAUGAAAUGGUGGAAUGACGCUAGCACGGAUUGGCGAGAAAAAUGGGGUAAAGCAAAGGCAGAGCGUGAUAGAGCGCGAGAGCAAGUUAAAGCUCUUCGAAAUAAGCUUGAAGCUGCUAGAAGAGACUACUCUAGAUUAAAGGCAGAACAUGACCGAUGCCUAACGCAAAUGACUUCAUCUCAAGAUAAA